AUAUCAUUCCGAAAACCUGUCCCCUCUGUUCGUCCCACUAUCCUUUACCCCCCUUCACGAGAAGAGAAGGGAGGGGUGUAGGGGACAUUCUUUUGGGAAUGAAAUGCAGCCUUUUGUUGGCAUGACUCAUUAAACCAUAGAGGUAGAAAGGGGGCCCUGCCAUUGAGGGCUUUCACCAUUUCAAAGUAGUCAACUGGGUGCCUAUGGUUUGUAAAUGACUUUAGCUAUAUCACCGCCAUCUAGUGGCCACAAUAAAUGAAUGACAAGAGUUGGUUCAGGCCCCAGCACUGCAGGUGGCGGUAAAUCACCAAUUUUAUUAGCUUUACACUUUAUUCAAAUACAAAAAAAUAAAAUGGACUACUUUAAAAUGGAGAUAGUCCAUAGACUUAGAUAGACAUCGCAUCAUUGUCUCUGUCCCAUUAUGGUGUCUGUGAGAGCAUGGGCAUGGCCAUUAAGGCCAUCUCCAUUUGAAGUAGUCUAUUUUCUUCUUCUACUACUUCUGUGAGUUGAUAAACAAGCUGAAAGGGUCCACACUGCCAUCUAGAGUGGGUUGUUUGAACAGGUAUAAAGCCAAGGUUGGCGAUUUACUGCCACCUGCAGUUAUGGAAUGUUUCCUCACAAGUAUAAUUCAUUGGCUGAUCCAUCCUGGUGACCUGGAUGGAAUUACGUGAUCCUUACUUAAGCCAUAGGCAGUCCCACCAAAUGGACUAUUUCAAAAUGGCUAAAGUACUCAAUGGCACUGCCCAUGCUAAAACAGGCUUUUGGGCACUAGAGUCCUCUAUCUAGCUCUAUGAGAUUGCCCUCAAUGGCGUGCCCUGUUCUUAUUAUACACCAGUGGCAUGCUGUCAAAGCAGCCGUUUGUGCACAUAUUCAAAGAUUAGUCCUCUUUCUACCUCUAUGGAGGAAACCUAAAUAUCACGUGGUGCUUGCCCUAUUUGCAAAAUGCCGAUAGGUGCAUAGUCCCGGGCUGCAAACCUCCGAAAUCCGCCAGUUUCCACUCUUUUCCAAAAGACUAUAUCGUAUUCCGAAAAUGGGUGGAAUUCGCCUCCCUACACGGGAAUGACGUCUUGGACGGCACUCGGAUAUGCGAGGCUCAUUUUAGCAAAGAAUGCUUUAGACUGCAUACACUGAGAAAUAUAUUGUGGGACGACGCGGUUCCCAUGAUUUGUCCCAGCGAUAGCCCGAGCAGAACCGAUACUUCUUCACCUUAUGUUAGCCAAAAGGACGAGAAGAAGCAACACCGACCGAACCAAGAAGUUCAGGAUAGACCACGCAUGGAUUCUUCUGUUGUUGUACAGAACAGCAGGAAGCCGAAGCGUGUGCUUCAGUCAAUGGAAGCCGUGAUGGAGGUUAAGGAGUCAGAGACAGCCAUGAUGGAUUUUAAGGAGUCAAAGGAAGCCACAAUGGACGUUAAGGAGUCAAUUUCAGCCACAAUGGACGUGAAGGAGUCCAUGUCAGCCAUGAUGGAAGUGAAUGAGUCAGAGUCAAAAGAAGCCAUUGUGGACAUUAAGGAGUCACAGGGAGCCGUGAUGGAGGUUAACGAGUCAAGGGAGUCAAAGGGGGCUGUGAUGGAACUCAAGAGGCAGUCUUCCUCCUCUGGCGGCCAGGGGCGGGACAGAGACCGGGAGUCGGACAGCUAUCUCCAGCACCUCCAGUGUCCCCACUGUCUGCUCCAGUGUAAGAGCCACUGCAGCUACCUCAUCCACAUCGCAAAGAUCCACCCAAGCCGUCUGGACGACACGCCUGUGGGUCGCCUGGGCAACGCCAUCUUCUACCAGCGCACGGCACGGCUGUUCCACUGCAACGUGUGUUUCCACACGGCCAGGGAGUUCCCUCGUCUCUACGACCACCUGCUCACCAGCCACUGCCUCUCUGGGAAGGGAGAGGGGGAGGGGGAAGAAGAGGGCGGGGAGGAGGGAGAAGGGGAGGAGCGUAGGGGGGAGGGGAGAGAAGACCAGGAAGGUAUCAGUGUAGACAUGCUGUCAAAAGACAGUAGUCAUCCUCCCAGUGAGCCCAAGGCAGAAGAGGAGGAUGAGGGCAAAGGAGGAGUGAAGAAAGUGGAGGAAGGUGGGAAAAGAGGAAUAGAGGAGAUGGAGGGAGGUGAGGACAAUGAAGAGGACAGCCCCAUGAAACGAAAGAGAAGCUCUACGGCAGGCAGUGAGGAAGAGGAUCAUGACGAAGAGGAAGAGGAGGAGCUACAGACCAACAACAACAAAAAAAGUGACAAACACAAAAAGCAGGAAGAGGCCUUCCUGACCAAAUAUAUCCAGCGCCAGGGGGGACGCUACAACUGUCGCCUGUGCGGCAAGCGCUCCAAGAUGAAGGGCCAUGCCAUCUACCAUGUGAGCUACAAGCACGAUGUGCCCAAACCUUACUCCUGUAAAGAGUGUAGUAAGGCCUUCAUACUAGAGUAUUCGCUACUCAAUCACAUCUACCACAACCACAGACAGGGCAUGUACCGCUGCCUCUUCUGCCCCUUCAGCUCUGACGUGGUGUGGGGCAUAAAACGCCACGGCAACCGCUGCAAUGCCCGAAGCGGGGAGGGGGAGGAGGGGGAGGGCAGCAACGGGGAAGAGUGAUUGGUUAAUGGUUGUAGAUUCUAGAAUCUCUUUGCAUUGUGCACCUACUAGGCUAGCAACCCUAGGUACAGUAGAUUGCACUGUUACAGAGGUGUAGAUUCUCAGUGAAGUAUGUAUUUACUUCCUCUGUACACACAGUGAUGAAGAAUGAACGAGCUGUUGAUGUACUUUGUCAUUCUGUUGACUUUUCCUGAUAUACUUCUGUGGAGCAGAUGGACUCAAAUGUAGAAUAUGUACUUUGUGAACUCGCAAACAGCCUUAAUACGUACAUGACAGCUGUUGAUGACGCAUAAUGCUGCACAAUGAAACUAUCAACUGACAAACAUGUUUUUUUUUUUUUUUUUUUACCUGCCUUUAUAUUAUCUUGUAACCUGGGAUUUGUUUGUGUCUUGGAAAACAUUAAAAUAAAAAGGAUACAUCAAUUUAGCCAACUUUCUCUGUCAUAGAAGUCUAGACCCACACCUGCAGCACAGGAGGUGUGAAACAAACAGUUUGUUUCGUUUCACACCUCCUGUGCUGCAGGUGUGUGUGUUUUUGGGCUGUUCCUUACACCUCGCCACUGUGGUUUCCUGGACUAACAACAGCUUUUCGUUGUGAGUAGGCUACAGCAGUGUCUCGUUCUUGUAUUUUACGCCACAUGUAAAGUGUAGGUCCCAUGUUUCAUGAGCUGAAAUAAAAAAUCGUAGAAAUGUUC